CGCGGUGCAGGAUCGGGGCGAGGUCGGGGUCGGGGUCGGGGACGGGCCGUGGGCCGUGGGGCGCUGGGCGAGUGGAUGGCGGCCUGUAAGUGCGUGGCUGCCGGCGCCGAGCUCGACGAUUCGGACGACGGCUGGUACCUGGGCUGUGACGGCCUGGAGGACAUGGACAUAACGCCAGUAAAAGCAUAUGAAAUAAAAAACAGCCCACAAGAUAAAUCAUCUGUGUUUGAAAUAUCAAAAAAUGAUGAAGAGGCAAGCACAUUGAAAGAAGCUUUAUCAUCACAAAAUUCACGUUUGGUUGAACAAAUUCUGAACUCGGGUGUUGAUGUGGAGACACGUUUUAGCUUUGGAUGGACUCCUUUGAUGUAUGCUGCAAACGUUGCUAACCUUGAAAUAUGUCGUCUUCUUCUUGAUCGAGGUGCUAAUGCAAGUUUUGUAAAAGAUCAGUACACGGUGUUGAUGGCUGCCUGUGCUAGCCGUGAGUCGGAUAAAAAAGUGGUGAAGUGUGUAGAGUUGCUAUUGUCUCGAAAUGCAAAUCCAAGCACAACCAGCAGUGGUCAGAUGACGCCACUAAUGUUUGCAGCCAAAGAAGGACACACGCAAACUGUUGCACUGCUGGUGGCUCAUGGAGUGGAAAUAAAUAUCCAGGAUGACAAAGGCUACACAGCACUGACAUGGGCAUCAGUUCAAGGUCACAAAAGUACAGCAUUGCAAUUAAUCGACUUAGGAGCUGAUAAAUCACUGAAGACCAAUUACGGAGAAACAGCCGCUGAUGUCGCUGAGAAAAAGCAACACUCACAGUUAGCACAGUUACUCAAAGUGACUUCAAUUUUGCCAUUAGCAAAAGCACCCCAGAACCUGCCUAAAGAUGAGAUAAGUUUCAAAUACUCUGUGAAUAAUUCAAAUACAGGAAAAAACAACUGUAUAAGUUCAAUUUCAACAUUUGGUGAAGUAGAACUAUUUCUGUAUGGGCUUGAACUGGAACAUCUUCGGCAAUUACUUAAGGAGAAUGAUAUAUCUUUUAGAGGACUUCUGACAAUGGGGAAAGAAGAGCUUGAAAAGAUUGGAAUCAUUGAUCCGAAUGACCAACAGAAGAUUUUGGAUGCAGUCUGUGAAAUGCAACCAGAGGACAUACAAGUUGCCCAAUUGCCAACUCUGAACAGUUUUGAUCGCAGUGAAGAACUUACAGUCUUUUUCAUAAAACUCAAGAAGCACUGCAAUCACCUGAUGGCAACGAUUCAGAAUGUGACAAACCAGCUAGCAAGCAACUCAGAACUGAAAGUGCUGGAUUUGGAUGCUGACAAAAAAUCAGCUUUGGUCUGUGAAGACUUGGUUGCGUGCAUUCAAGAUCUGAAUAAAGAAGUGGAGAGUUUGAGGAAUCUUCUGCUCAAGUUGCAGAAUAACCAAGAGAGAGCUCCCAAUCACAUGCCACCAAUCCAGAAUUGUUCUCAUCAUCGAUUCUUAAAGAAGGUAGCACUUGGUCUGUUUGGAACCGGAUUUGUUUUUCUGCUCAUGAAAGUACAUAACAUGACAAAAUAGCGUGUGUGUGUUUUUUUUAAGUACCUUGUUGCCAAAAAGAGAGCAAUACUUGUAAUUUUCUACUGCAUUGUCUUUGUUUAGUGCAGUGACCCAGGUUCAAGAAAGUAUCUUAGCAAUUGUUACCAAUGUGGCCAAAUCAGUCCUGAAUAAAAUAUAUUUCAUUGUUAGUUUUUAAAUGUUUUUCUUAUUCUUAUGGUCCCAACUCCCAGAAAGAAAACCAAAUCAGCCAUCAAACAGAAAAUACAUUUCUUGUUGUUCAAAGACAGAAAUUGGACUCAGUAAGUCUGAUUUUCAGUUACCAUGAAGCCAAGCUAGAAUUCUAGGAAAUGAAUUUGACAACUGAUGUGAAGAGAACAGAAUAUUACUCUGAUAGUUUGGAAUACAGACAUUGAAUAUUUGAGGCAAACUCAACAAACUUAAUGUGUAAUGUUAACGAAGGAAAUUGAGGUCAUAGAAAUGUUCACUUGAGUCUAAAGAAGGGUCCUAACCUGAAGCAUCACCUAUCCAAGUUAUCCAUGGAUGCAACUGACCCUCUGAGUUACUCCAGCAUUUAGUGUCUUCCCUCUACAUUUUAGAAUUGGCUAUCAAAAUGUCAGAAUUCUUCAAUCUAAUCGAAGAGAAAUUAUUUUUAGAAAGAUUGCAUCUAAUGUUUAAGAGAAUAAUAUUCGGGUCCAAUUGAAAUUACUUUUGCUUUGGCCAUCAUUGGUGUUUUUUAACCAAAUAAUGCCAUUCCAAUUCUUGGCUUUAGAAUUUUUUUUUUUAAAUCACUCAUUGAUAUGAAUAAAUAAUUGAGACAUGUUCAAAUUA